CUUUUUAUCAUGCUCAAUACUUAAUUGGAAAUAAAAAAAAUGUCACUGAAAUUGACAAGUAGAAUGGCCCUUUAUUAUCCAUUUAUAAGGGCAUUCAUUGACCACUUUUUUUUAUUUUUAUUUUAUUAUUUUUUUUUGUUAAAAUAAAUAUAACUUCCCUUUUCUUUCUUUCUUUUUUUUUUCUUUCUUAUAUAUAUAUUUUUUCUUUUUCUUUUAAUUCCUUUUAUAUACAGUUAUAAAAAAAAAAAAGUUGCCAAACAUGAAUUCUUUUACUAAUAAAAGCUGUUACCGGUUAUAUGCUGGCCAUGGUAAUUGGAUUAACCUUACUGAACAAACAACACAAGACUUGUUACAAAUAUUUCAGAAGGGUGAACCUUGCCGGUAUUCGUUAACAACAGGCCUUUAUAUUGAUAUUAUACCUCAUGACGUCGAUUGUAAUAGUAAGAAUAUUGAUAUGGUUGGUUUAAUGCGAGCUGACCUCGUUUAUGACUCUCAAUCAAGUGAAAAUGAAGUUCAACAACGCAUGUCUCAUUAUGUUCGAUCUCUCUUAGAUGAUCAAGGUAUCAUUGACGCUUUCCCACCGUUAAGACAAGGAGAGGAUUUACCUAUCAUUACUUCUUUACCUACUCAUCGUCAUUUGAGUUUAGUACCUUCUAUGACUGGAACAGUGCGUCGUGGACCUAAAUCAAAUGGCCAUUUUAGUAAUAAACAAUCUUCAAAUAAUUCUUCUUCUUCUUCAAUUACAAAUGAAGAAGAGCAUGGUCAGUUUUCUUCUUCUUCCUCUUCUUCUACUACUUCUUCAACACCUAAAGCUUCUUCCUCAACUAAAAGAAGAGCCUCACUCAAACGUCCUUCUGUCAAACGAACUCGACCCAAUUAUAUUUACUCUGAAUCGAAUUCUCCAGUGAAAAGAGAACAACAAAGCAAUCUAUCUUUAGAAUCAAAUAAUGUUAACCAUCUUACUCCAUCUUAUUCUUUAUCUCAUAUGCCACUUGUCCCUUUUGGAGAUGAAGGAAGAGGAGGAGGAGAAGGAGGAGGAGAAGGAGGAGAAGAAAGUGUAUCCUUUGGAUUACCAUUUCAACAAAGAAAUCAAUCAAUGUGGUUCCAUCUUCCUCCACGAACUAGCACUAAUCCUACUAGUACUACUACUAGUACUACUACUACUACUACCACUACUACUGCUGCUGCUGUGGCUGCCGCUACUGCUGCUGCUGCUGCUGCCGCCGCCGCCGCUGCUGCUACUGCAACCACAAACAACACUAAUAAUACACAAUUUGAAUUCGGUAUGGAAGAUCUCUAUCAUGGCUUACACCAACGUCAAUCACCUAUUGAUAUCUUACAUGAAUAUAAUUCGUAUAGUGCACCUCAUGGUUCAUUUGAUGAACAUGGUUUAUACUCUGAUGAACAACAUCAGCAUCAACAACAACAACAACAGUUUGAAGAUCAUAAGACAAGUGGAUCUACAAGUAUUGAAAGUUAUGUUCCUGCUUCACCUAUUCCUAGUAACAGUAAUCAUUGGAUAGAACAACAACAACAACAGCAACAACAACAACAUCAUCAUCAUCAGCAUCAUCGCUCUGUAAAUUGGUUAAAUAAUACUGCUACCACGACAACGAAUAAUAACCUUGUAUAUUCAUCAAAUCAGUCAUCAGAAGAUAUGAUUAUCAUAAAUCAACAGCAACAACAAAUUUUAUUACAAAAGCAAGAAGACAGUAAAAAGCAGCAACAGACUUGUCAUCAUGAAGAAUUUGAUAGACAUAACACUACUUUAUUAACUGUCAUGGAAAAUAAGUACAUAUAAUGAUGUCUUUUAAAUUAUACAUGUAUAUCGUCAUUAUAGUUAUAUACAUUC